CAACAGCCAUUGUCUAGCUGUGUGAGCCCCCGGGCCAGUGAUACAUGUAGAGCUCUUGAAUGAAUUAAUUUUUCAACUCCUUGCAUGUAAAAUAAAGGUGUCUUUUGCAGUGGUGCAUGCUGUCUACUUGGGUAGAGGCAGUGCCCAGUGCUGCCCACGGAUCCCCACUGGGCAAACAGGGUAGGUCUGUGCUUGGCUACGGCUGGCUUUGCUCAGCCAGAGAUUUGAGAUCUGUUACAGGAAGGAGCUGAGUGCUGGUGGAUGGAGGUACAGUGUGGCUCUGGGGAAGCAUUUCUGGACAAAAUUGAUGCUUCCAGUGGAAUACUUGGAUGUGUGGUGGUGGUAGGCAACUGUAUGGGCAGGUUUUUUCCUUAGGCCAUCUUCACAUUGGAUGUGGGAAAAGGCAAUGCUGGCUUAUGGCACAUUAGACUUUUGUAGCCUUUGGCUAUUUAUUACUGCUUUAUUAUCAGUGACUGCAGGCACAUGGUGGCACAUGCACUUGGGACUCAGUCCAGUCCCUCACUGUUCUGCAUGCUGGUGCUGAGAGCCCUGCUCUGCUGCCUUCUCUCAGUGGUCAUUGAUGCAGGCACCUUCUUGCACUGCCUUGUGUCUGGGUGAGGCACUGGAGAGUCUGGUGCUGGCAGUGCCCUGAGGUAGGGCUGGGAAGGCUGGCCUGUUCCUCCUCCUGUUAUUUCUGGCUGCCUUGGAACAUGCAUUCACAGGUAGCCCACACCCCUUCCUGGGGCACUGCCCUGGACUGUGCACAGGGGUGGCUGCACAGGGCUGCACAGCUGUGCUGGCUGUCUCCCACCCCUGCGUGGCACUUGGUUGCUGGGGAGCUCCAAUGCUGGCACAAUCUGCAGCAGAGAGCCCUAACAUGCUGUGUGUUCCCUGGACAUGCAUGAAGAUAACUUCUUGGUGCAGGUACUAAGGGAGUUGACUCCAAAAAGUGCCCUGCUACUUGUAAACAAAGAGGAACUCGUGGGUGAAGCUGGACUCAGUGGUCCUUAUGGUCCCUUCCAAUCUGAAAUACUCUAUAAUGUUUCAGUUGUGGAAGGUGGUGGAGGCAUCCAGGGAUGGAUGCGGAUCUGUUUCUGCAGGUCUUCUGGCCCCUUUUAUGGGCUGGAGCCAUUUCCUACCCUCUUUUGAUGCUGGCUAUGUGUACCUUGCCGCUAUUUGCCUUCCUGCUGCUCCUGUUGAGACGUGCACUUGGCUUGUUCCAUGCCUCUGCCUGCUCCUGGCCCUUGGCUUGUGCUGCUGGAUCCGGGCCCUGGUUGAUGGGAGUGGGGAGCAGUAAGACUGGGAGGUGAGGAUGGGACACUGGGAAGACACAUGUGGAGCUGCAGACGUGUUCUGGUGUCCUAAUGCUGCUCCUUUCUGGAAAUUGCCUCCCAACGCCUGAUGUUGCAAGAAGGUUUCUGGUAAUAGGGAAAUAAUGUAAUCUGCCACCUUGCUAUUCUGGGUACCCCGUGUCUGCUUGUCUGGGACAGGGUGACCUUGCUUGGAGUCCUGCUGUACCCGUGGUGCUGCCUAUCCUGUCUGAGAACAUUCUCAGCGAUGGUGCUGCCCAGGUGGGUCCUUGCCUACAGCUGGCAGCGCUGGCAGGAGUGGGAGCUGUGUGAGUAGUAACAGCCAUGCUGCUGUCUGUGCCUUGACCUUACUUCGUCAUGGGGUCAGGAAGGAAAGGGAGGUUGCUGAACUGCAGUUCCUCGAUUCUGAGAAGCGGGGGCAGAAGAGCUUGAGUCACUUCGUUAGAAGCAUGAGCUAGUGUUUCCAUCACUGCAUAUUCCCGGAGUUUUCCCCACCCAGAGGAUGCGGGGGAGGCAGCUGCCUAGCGCUCCUGCCUGCCCUGCUGUGCUCCCCCCCGCUCUGCAAGAGGCUGAAAAGCUUUUUGCCUCGAUAGCGGCAAUGCCGGAGCAGGGCAUUGCCCAUGAUGCCGGCGAGGGGCUGGCUUACCUCUCUGAGCUGCUGCUUUGAAUGGGCGCUCACGACAGGCAAGCACUGGAUUGCAUCAGGCGCGGCCUGCUGACAGGCAGCUCCCAGCCUGAGCGCUGGAGAGGAUGGUGCUGGCCCCUGCCUCUCUCCUGGCUGCCGAACAGUUCUCCCAGGACUGGCGUUUCCCAUCACUUAGGGCUGCCUGUUGCUCCCAGAACUGAGGGGCCUGUAGCAGAGCAUACGGAGGUCGGGGGAGAGUCACCCCACAAGCCGCGGGCUGAGCUCCGCUGGCAGCGCCUGCAUCGGGGCUGGCCUCGCCUCUUCGCCUCGCUCCCAGCCGCGGCGGGGCACGGCCGGGACAGGCUCUGUUCUCAUGGCACAUCUGGACCCGGGGGACCCUCAGCUGCUCCCUCCGUGGCGUUUCCCGAAGGAGCAGGGUGCCUUGCCCUGGUCUCGGAGCUGCCGGCCGCAGCAGCCGCACUCCCGCCGGCCGAGCCGUGCCUCGCCCCGGUGCCACUUGUCCCUGGAAUUUAUAUUUUCAAAAACGAGCGCGGGAACCGGGGGGCGGGUGGGGCUAGGAGGAACUCGGCUCUGCCUUCUCCCGCCUCCUCCCCUGGGGCUUUUCACCCUGGGUGAAAGCUGAUGAGCGCCUGUUCCCGCCUCCAUUUGUACCAAUCUAUCACGGGCGGAACUCGCCCCCCUCUAACGCUCUCGGCCGCGGCGCGGAACGGAACCGAGUUCACCUAAAGGGGAUCGCACGGGGACGAGCCGAGCCGAACCGAACCGCGCCGCAGGUGAGUGGUGGCGGGCGCUGCCGCCGGACCGGGAGGGGCUUGGCGCAACCGGUGCCGGUCUUGCAUCAGCUGCCGCCAGCCCGCACAUGGCCGGUCCUGCCGCGGGGCCGCGCUCGCAUUCUGCCAUCCCCGCCGCAUCGCCGGGCUCCGCGGUGGCACUCCUGGGGACCGGAGAUGCCCCCGCGGGGGCUGAGGCGCUGUUCCCGAGCUAGCAGCUUCCCACACCUACGCCAAGUCGCGGCGGGAUGCGAUGGCUGCCGGGCUGCGGUAGGCACCGGGAUGCAGCGGGAGCCUCCUGCUGCCGCCUGACCCGUGCGGAUCUCGAGUCGGGUACUUGGAACAAUUGACCAGCGCUGGGGAAGGCAGCUAGAGUUGUCCAGGGCUUUUGACCAGCUGAGCUUCACUGAGGAGAAGACAAGAUGUUGGGGGAAAAAAUGACCGGUUUUGGGAGGAAGCUGAUCCGCCGGCGCGUGGUGGACCUGAGCUCCGACGACACACAUUUUGCUCGCUGCCUCUCCACACUGGAUCUCAUAUCCCUGGGUGUGGGCAGCACACUAGGGGCUGGUGUGUAUGUGAUGGCCGGGGAGGUAGCCAAGGAGAUGGCUGGUCCCUCCAUCGUCCUCUGCUUCCUGGUGGCUGCUUUCUCAUCUGUACUGGCUGGACUCUGCUAUGCAGAGUUUGGGGCCCGUGUCCCCAAGGCCGGCUCUGCGUACCUCUACAGCUACGUCACCGUUGGUGAGAUCUGGGCUUUUAUAGCCGGGUGGAACCUCAUUCUCUCCUAUGUGAUAGGUACGGCCAGUGUGGCUCGAGCGUGGAGUGCAACAUUUGACAACAUCAUCGGCAACCCCAUCUCCACCUUCUUCGCCAACAAGAUCUCAAUGCACCUGCCAGGAGUGCUGGCCAAGCAUCCAGACUUCUUUGCUUUGAUCCUGAUUUUGCUGCUCACUGUACUGCUGGCAUUUGGGGUCAGCGAAUCUGCCCUCGUGAACAAAAUCUUCACGGCGGUGAACCUGUUGGUGCUGAGCUUUGUCAUCAUUGCUGGAUUCAUCAAGGGAGAUAUCAAGAACUGGCAGCUUUCAGAGAAGGACUGUAUCAACUGCUCGCUGCCAGACUCACUGGAUGACAUGAAAGAAGCUUUUGGCUCUGGUGGGUUCUUCCCCUUUGGACUGGGAGGAAUGCUGACUGGCGCUGCCACCUGUUUCUAUGCCUUUGUGGGCUUUGACUGCAUUGCCACCACAGGAGAGGAAGCCAGGAACCCGCAGCGCUCGAUUCCCAUUGGCAUCAUUGUGUCCCUCCUCAUCUGCUUUGUGGCUUAUUUUGGGGUCUCUGCAUCCCUGACUCUCAUGGUGCCCUACUUCCUCCUGAACAAGAACAGCCCUCUGCCUGAGGCUUUCAAGGCGGUUGGUUGGGAGCCUGCCCGCUACGCCGUUGCCGUUGGCUCGCUCUGUGCCCUCUCCACCAGCUUGCUGGGCUCCAUGUUUCCUAUGCCUCGAGUGAUCCAUGCCAUGGCAGAGGACGGGCUGCUCUUCAAGUUCCUCUCCCGGAUCCACAGUGGCAGAAAGACCCCUCUGAUCGCCACCUUUGUCUCGGGGUUCUUUGCAGCGGUGUUUGCCCUCCUGCUUGACCUGAAGGACCUGGUGGACCUCAUGUCGAUCGGCACGCUGCUGGCCUACUCCCUGGUGGCCGUGUGCGUGCUCAUCCUCCGGUACCAGCCCAGACAGCCGAACUCUCCGAAGGCCACGGAAAUGCUGGAGCUGAAUGGGAAUGAGGAGGAGACAGUGAUCAUGAACCCGACCAUCACUGCUGCCAGUGCCCAGCACAAAGAGACCUUGUCCCUGGUGAUGCUCUUCAACCCGCCUGGGGACACCCCCACUGUGCUCUCGGGGCGCAUUGUCUAUGUCUGUGUCACGGUCAUUGCUGCACUGAUCACAGUCAUCUGUGUGGUCCUGACCCUCAAUAUGGCUGCGCUGAAGGAUGCCAAUGUGGGCUGUGUCGUGGCUCUGGUGCUGCUCCUCAUGGCUCUGCUUAUUUUCACCAUCAUCAUUUGGAGGCAGCCGCAGAGCAAUGCACGAUUAAACUUCAAAGUACCUUUCCUCCCACUCGUGCCAAUGUUCAGCACCUUCAUUAACAUCCUGCUGAUGGUACAGCUGAGUGCCGCCACCUGGGCGCGGUUUGCCGUCUGCAUGGUUCUGGGUUUCAUUAUUUACUUCACCUACGGGAUUUGGAACAGCGUGGAAGGGAAAAAUGCGGAAAAAGCCUGUGCCACAGUAGAAAAACCUCUGCACCAUCCUGGACUGGACCUCAGCCCUGGGGCUGCUGCGGUGUGAGGGCCUGGGGACCAGCACUCCAUGGACCUCUUUGCCACUUUGGGGCAAGAUCAUGAUCCAUCUAUCCCCUCUCCUGCAGAGACUGAGUCCCAGGGUGAAGUACUAAGAUCUGAACAACAGGCCCUGAGCCAAAGCUGACCUAGGAUGAACACUCCAACCAAAUGUUGUAUGUUUCCACUUUAACAAAGUAUUGUUACAUGUACUCACUUAUUGGCAAAACAUGUUCACCUUUCUGUAUCUAGAAACAGGACAGGGCCACAUCUGGCCUUAUUAGGUGGUAUAGGAUCAAAGACAACUCCCCUUGGAUCCUCCUUGAGCCCUGGCCAGGCUCUGGGAGGAAGCUGACAGGAAAAUGAAAUCAGAAAUGAUGUCAGCUGGUUUGUUUAGCAGUGUAAAACCUGGACCACUGUCCCAGCAAAGUGGGGGAGCCUGGUGGCCUGCAAAGGAGGAGGCACUGCAGGAGCUCCCAGCUCCUGGCGUGGUUCUCCAGUCCUUGGCUGUGGCAGCUUCCCCCAGAGCUGAUGUUCUUGGGCUUGGAUGAUGUGUGAUGGAUCUUCCUUCAUCACUGUAGGCAUUCUUUCCUAGCAAUGAUUAGCAUUGCUCAGCCUGUCCCUUUGCAAUUCUUUGCUCAUGGUUAGGUGCCUUGCUUAGCUUUUUGUGAUUCUUUGCAGUUUUACAUCAUAGUAAUGCCACUGUUCCUUAAGUUGGUGUCUGUGUCUCUGACCCUACUCGCAAAACAAAAAUCAGCGCAGUCAGCAGGGUCACAACAAACUGUUGCUUUUAAAAUCUAAAUGAAAAGAAUCAGCCCUGUCUGAAAUUCCCAGAUGGGAAGACCUUCCAUAUAGUUCACUGGUCCUCAAGUGGGCCAUGUGAGCAACAGGGAAGUCAGUUAUAAGGAGUUGAACUGCUGGAUAUAUUGAAAUGCAUCCAAAAAUUGCAUACUGAAAAAGGAAAAGAACUUGUGGAUUGGAAAGGCAAGGAUGAAUUUUGUUAACAGUAUAUCAAACAAAACACCAACAAAAGGAACAGUUGUUGAAAUGCUCUAACAUGGACCAACAGAUGUGAGUUGCAGAAUCAAACUGUAAUGCUAAAAUGCCCAAAUAAGCUGCUUGCUGAUAAGAUGGAUUUACCAAACUUGCUGAGAAGGCUGCAGUUAGAGUAGCUCAGUAUCAGGAAAGGAGAGGGCAAGUGAAUGACAAGAAAAUGCAUGCAGUUAUUGCAGAGGCAGGUGUGCAGUGGGAUCCUGAUAAAUGGAAUGGAGAUAUUUGGGAUUCUGUGCAUUCUGAUGAGGCUGGUUCCCGAGAUGAAUUUGUGGAUGUGAGACCAGCAUGGAGACGAAAGGUAGAAUUAGAUGCUAAUGGUCAGGAGGGAUACUCAUAGAGGAUUAUACUCAGCAUAAAGUAAAUUAAAUAUUUGAACAGUUUAGGAAAAAACAGGGGAACCUCUUUUCUCUUGGGUGGUGUGCUUGCAUGAUCAGGGAGCAUCAGGGAUAACCCUAGACUCAGGGGACUCUAAGAAGUUUUUAGUUUGAGUUUGGAUUCUUUUGUGCAGGAUGCAUUUUGGAAUAACAUUCACUAUGCUUUGGCUGUACUACUAAAUACCCUACAGAAAAUUAUUGGCUAGGAUCUGAAAGUCAGUGGUACACUUGGUGAGAUUUUGUACAAGAUGCAUGAGAACCUCUUGUGAUUUUGUAUUUGUAGAUAACGUUACUGAAGAUACAAGUAGUCACUCCAAUAUUUGUACUUGUAACUAUUGCAAUGACAGGAUUUUAGUUACUUAUUUUUUGUUUCUAUUUUUUAAAUGAAGAUUUUUAGUUUUUUACCUCCUGUUGUAUCCUGUCAAUUUUUGGAAUCUAACUAUACCCUGAUUCAAGACUUGCAGCCUACUCCCACUGGUAUGAACUGGUAAAGGUACUGUUCCAACACAGACCUGAGGCUUGCUGAAACAAACCCAGGAGAAUGGAUAAAAGGCUUUAAUUGCUGUCCAUCAUGGCAUGGCAGAAAUCCAUCAUGUGAUGUAGGCACACAGUUUGGGGUGAUUGGGAUGGGCUGGCCCAGCCUCAUCCCCAGUGGCACAGCUGUGAGCAGCACUGACAGCAGCGAGCCAUGGAGUGCCCAGGUGUGCUGAGCACCCACCAAAGGGAGCAGAGGGCACACAGGGGCAGUGCAUCAGCAUCAGGGGUGUAAAAGGCUGGGCUGAAGAACAAGAAGGGCAGAUGCUUGCAGCUUUCUGAGGUGAUAUGGUGUUACUCUGUGUGGGCAGACACCUGAAGCCUUCUGAAGGGGUCUGGUGUCACUCUGUAUGGGUUGAAGCUUUCUGGUAUUGAAUGGUUGGUGACACUCUGUGUAGUGUGCCCAUCUCAACCUGAGCUGUGACAAUGUGAUGGAGCGGGUGAAGAAAGAUGGAGAACACUUUGGGCAUUCUUUUUGGAUGGGUGCCUACAGCUACCAGAAUUCUCAGCUGAGUGCUUCACCCUGGUGUUGUUUUAUUGAUGCUAAUCCUUUUGCUUUUUGUUCUGGUAAUUGCAUAUUAUGUUAAGGUUUGGAUGAUCAUGAAACAAUUAGCUUACCAACUACCUCCACUGAUAGUAGACAAUCCAUGCGGUACCAAAGCAUGAAAUGUUCUCAAGCUCUGUUUGGAUAUUGUGAAGCUUGAGUGACUAUAGUCACAGAGAGUGUAUUGUGUAGGAAAAUGACUGGGAACUCUGUGGACAGGUAACUGGGGGUACAAUUAGAGGAAACUGAGGACUUAGAACAGUAUGGAAAUUAGAGGGUAUAUAUAUUCCUUAGUUUGGUGUGUGUGUGUCUCUGACCCUACCUACUAGCAAAACAGAGUCAGGACUGCAGAGCUGGGUCGUGUGCUGCCUCUCCCCCUCACAGGGAAGUCCCCUGGCUGGGUGGGAGUGCUGGUGGCCCAGGGCUGGUCUCUGCCCUCCUCCACUCCCACAGAGGGGCAGUGACACCAGCACAGCCCUCUGGCCAUGAAAGCUGCUUUCUCUGUGCACAGGAGGCUCCACGUAAUGGUGCAGCUGUACUCAUUCCAUCUGUCAUGUGGCUGUGUUCACCACCUCCUCCCUGCUUCCCAAGUGCCAGACUUGUACGUGGCAGCCGUGGCUGGAGCUCUGCAGAAGGCUUACUGCAACUUGUUCUGGUACUCAUGGUACUCUGGUACUCGCUGCUAGCAAACUGGUACUGCCCUGACCAUGCUUUUUGAUGUAAAUAUCUUGCUCAAGUGUCAGUGAGAUGUCUUCAGUGUAGUUGUACUUGUGUCCAACCUCACCUGCCUUUCUAUAAUUUUAAAGCUAAAUUUUUUACUCUAUUAAAUUAAAUGUUUUUAA